UUUUAUCAUGCUUCAACAUCGACCACUUAGCCUGGUUAGGACGAUCCGGUCGGGUCCUCAAAGACUACCUGCCACCUUACGGAGGUGUCUUUCUGCUCUUGCGACGGCCGAGGAGGCAUCUGCUUCUGAGCCUAUAGAGGGAGAGGAAGCUGAAAAGGCCGAAGCGGUAUCCGAGGCGCUGACACCCCCGCACUGUAUCUUCCCUCCGUCCCAGAUUGAUAUGUCGGCGCUGGAAGGCGAUCUCUGGACGUUUCUGGGUCCUGAGGGGUAUCCUGAGGAGUUCCUCGUAGUGCAGUUUUUGAAAGAGAGAUUGGAAACGGAAGAUGCCAUAAAGAGCCUUCAGCCUCAUGACUGUGUCGUGGUCUUCCGUAUGGUGGAGCGGUUCGUCCAUAGUUGGGAGAACAAGAAGGAGCUUGCGCCUGUCCUUGGAGCUAUCUUGCAGCGGCUGGAGGAGACCAGUGUGCAGGCCUCAAAGAGGCUGAUAUCAGUGCUAUUGAGUACACUGAGAAGUGUUGGGCAGUGGGCCCCUGAGUAUUCUGAUCUGCGCCAGGCGGCAGAGGGUCUUGGAAGGAAACUGGUAAAGAUAUUCAUCGAAGAGAGACGGGACUUCGCAACUCCAUCUCGGUAUCUCGGUCGGCUCUGUGCUUACCUGGUAGAGUACCCGGGCUGUACGUCAGCAGCAGUAGUUGAGUUCAUCGACGCCACCUCGACUGAACUAUUGCGGACAGGAGGGGCGGGGUCCUUGGAGGAGGACGUUAGCUCGCUCGUGUGGCUGCUGAGGUGGUGGUCAACGCAGACCCUGACGAGUAAGAUGAACGAUAGGGAGACUCGGAGGAAGAUCAAGGAGGCGGUUCAGCUGGCUAGGAACAACGCUGCUGAUAUCAGUCAUGAAAAUGCAGUUUUGGUACUAGAGGCUUGUGGAGGCCUACCACCGAUGACUGGUAUGAGCGACCUGGUCUAUGUUGCGAAGUUACGCCUCUUGCGAGAGCCAUGGCUGAGUCCUGUAGGCCCUGCUAUCGGGGCCUUAGGGAGACUUGGUGCUUGGAAUAAGAGUUGUAAGACUAUCUACAACGUGUUGUCGUAUAGAGCCAGCUUGCCUGGUAUGGGCCCUGAUGCACUUAGUGCUAUGGUUGGCGGUGGCCUUAGUACGACCACCCAGAACUUGGGCCGCAAAGGAGAGCCCGAUAUUGUGGGGGAGCCUCAGCCUAGGAACUCGGCUUUCCCUUGUAAGGAGUUCAUCGUAGCGGCAAUCUUGAAGAACGUCUUGUCUGAUUUGAAAAGUGGAGGGUUGAAGCUUACUGGUGCCUCGACGGCGUUAUGGGCUGUUUGUGUCGGUGGACUGCACUUGCCCUCGCCCCAAGGGGUCAAGCAAACGCUCACUCAGCGGCCUUGGGAGCUCACGGGCCUGGAGGAUGGGAAGGAGUUGCUACUGCGAAGCUUGGUGGAUGUGUCGUUGGUGUGUGGUCGGUGUAGGGGAGGUAAGCCGGCUAAUCUGGCGGGCUCCUAUGCUGACUCCUUGAGGGUGUGGACGCACUUUGCCGAGACGCUACAUUACUUAGCGCUGACAGGAAGCCCUAUGGUGAGCUUAGUGGACGUUAAGGAGCCUAUGGUCCGAGUGCAGAAGAGGAAAGAGAUGGACGAGGAAUAUGUUAGGAAUCAUAGGAAGGGAUUACAGUGGGCGAAGGAAGAGCAAAUUCGAUGGAUGAACGAGAGUCGAGUCGCGAUGGAUGUUACGAAGUAUAUCGAGAAUAGAACUCCGGGGGUGUUGCGGCUAACGCUUCCUGAUGCUUCUUCGGAACUGGUCGAAUUGUUAGAGCUACCAGUGUUCCAUUAUGGGGAGGGGUACGUAUUGGAUAUCGACUGUCCAGAGAUAAGCCCUGUAGGGCGGGCCUUACGGAAGAGGAUCGCAGAGUUGAUGGAGCCUCCGAUGAUGUAUCACGUCGUAGAUGGUCUGUCUUGGAUGGACAGGACGACUACUAAGAGGAAGGAGGUCAUCGACCGCUACACGGCAGAAGCUGAACGGCCUCAGGUCCUAUGUGAUACGAGGGGUCUGUGGGUGCGACGACUGCAUCGUCGUAAGAAGGACAAGAGGCGGCCAGUGCUUAGUCGUGCAGGCUCUCCCUACUCGUUUAUGGCCGCCACCGCUCAUAAGUCCCGUAGGUCUACAGCAGCUGAGGGUCCUCCUCCUACAGCGGAUGACUCGACGACCACAGGCAGCAAGAGCCUAGCGGCCAACUUGGCUGAAUCGGAGAUAUCCUACACGUUGUCGCUGCUCAUCAUGUCGCUGUGCGAGAUCGAGACUGUCAAGCCUGGAGACGUUUUCCACUGGGCCUGCUCUGAGUCUCCAUUAUGUGGCCGGCAGCAUCUUGUGAAACAAUACAUGCGGCUGAUGGUGGUGGACCUUGAGAAGGAGGGGAUGCCAGAAGCGGCGGCGGACUUUGAGUUUUUGGACGAGCUGUAUACCAAGUGUUUUAAAUUCGGUGGCUGCGUGGACUGUGCGGCUGUUUACACAGUAUUGAGGAGUAACGUGUUGUCGGAGAUAGAGGCUCUACCUGACGCCCGUAGCAUCCUGGCCGAACACGACAAUCGACGAAUUAGCGACUGCUUUGCGUCUAAGAGCGAGAGCGCUCGGGCGGCGGCUCUCGCGGAGUGUCUGGUGGACAAGUCAUGCAAGCCUUCGAGAGGACUGUUCGACUCACAGCCCAUCGUUGAGGCCUUGAGGGCAGCCAUGCACCAGAGGGACAUGCUGAAGAUGGCAGCUAGGAUACUCAAUCAACCUGGUAUGGUGAGGAAGCACAUGCACUCCCAGCUGUGGGGCCUGAUUAAGAGGAAGGAGGCGCAGUGGGCCACGGAGUUGGUCGAAUGCGCGUUGUUCGAGCUCCGUGGGGUGGCGCUGUGUCGGGAGGUAUGGUCCCCUUGGGAGAACUGGCUGAUCAAUGGUACCCCACCGUCGGCGUCAGAGGACGACCCUUUGCAGAGGCUCAAGCUGCAAUUGGCUAUAACGUGUCUGUUGUCCCCACAAGGGGAGGGAUUUGUAGGGGAGAAGGUAUGGGCUGAUGUUGCUGCUAACCCAAUGCAUGCAGCUACCCUACUGGCGGUGGUCUGUCAGAAGCCGGACUGCGUCCGUCCCGAUGGUCUGCCGAUACGCAUCCUUUUUUCAUCGGGUGCAGAGUCGGGAGCUCUGUGGCCUGUAUGGUUCUUCCUAAUCCAAUUCCCCUACAUGCGAGAUGAAAUGGGAGUGGUAUUGCUGUCGAUCUUGGAGGAGGAUACCCAUUCGGGUCAGCGUCUACCACUGCUCACUGUAGUGCAUAAGCUGUUAGCUGAGGACAAGCCUAGGGGGGAGGCUAUGGCUCGAGGAGUGGCCGAUUUUGUGGCCCAGAACAAGGCUGAUAAGGUCUCUGUAGAGGCUCUGAAGUGGCUCCUCAACGUAUCACCGUCGUGUAUACGAUAUCACUUGGUGGUAGUAAGGCAAGCCUUCCAGGGUCUGGCUCAGGGGAUCAUCCAGCAGCUUACGCAUGUGUCGCCCAUGACGCAGUUACAAUGGUCGUGGAUGUCCUGUAUGGCUCACACUCUACGUCGUAUGCCUGGCGCUGGGAUGAUGAGCAGUGGAGGGAUGGACUGCUCCCUGCUAUUGGCAUCAAUUCGAUCUAUGAUGGACUCGGGAGGUUUGGAGGGUUUGGACGAGCACGUGUCUAGGCUGCUGGACUCGACUUGUGAGUGUCUCGAAGUCGCUGCUGCUGGUGGAUCGCUGCAGGACGAGGCACGGCAGGAUCAGCCUUCUCGGGGGGAGGAGACCACAGACACGGGCUCCCCUAGCAGCUCUGAUUUGGAACUGGAGGAAGGGGACAACCCUAUGGCAGGUUAUAAAGGGGAGGUACGAAGGGGUGGCGGCGGUAGUAUGAUGUUCAAGUCGAGCAUGUUGGCAUCUAAGGGUGGUAUGGGUAGCGCUGCGGUGCGACGAGAGGAGGGCCAGGGCGCCCCUGACACCAGUAAGGCAGUGGAGGCCCCUUUGGAUGCUCUGUACAAGCUGGUGUUGAGUCAGCAGCCCUUUGGCCAGGUGCAGGGACAGGAGGAUAAGAUUGAUGGUGUCGGCGCUACGAAUGGCGAUAAGGUCUUCACCUCCCCUAAGGCGUAUAGGGAGGCAUUCAAGCGGCCGAUGUGGCUGGAGUGUCAGGAGGGUCUGCGUCAAUCUCUCACUACCCCUGGGUCGAGCACUAUGAUACACGUCACAGUACUGAGGUCUGCUAGGAGGGGCAACGAAUGGUAUGAGCUUGUCAUCAAACCGGCUGAUUUCGAUACGGAGACGGUUACUCAAGGAGAUGUACUUCUACUGUGCAGCGCCGACAGCCCUUUCCUGUCCGAGCUCUGUAGGGGUGUACCUGUGAAUGAGUGUAUGAGCAUGGAGGCGGCUAGUCAGAACGGCAUUAUCAUGGGCGUCUGUGAGGGGACUAAGGACGCUCUGAACUAUUCGGGGUCGAAGGCUGAUAAGGGUAAAGUGGUGCUACGGUGCAUGCCAGUGGGGCCGGCCUGCCCUCUCGGCCUUUCACCUCAAGAGAGCAUCCAGGGACGGGAGAGUGUUGCUGUUGUUGUCCACAGUAUUCUGGCUGUGAGCAGGGAAUGGGAGGCCUUGUGGAGUAUCGACUCGGCUCGGAAGCUCCUCCCUAUCGUAUUGAACCCCGCGAAGGCCGCAGCUGCUGAAGCUCAGGAGGGCAGUAGUGAGUACCUCCUUACGCCGUCGACUUCAUAUGCACUUAACGAGGGUCAGAGCAAGGCAUUGGCUUACGCCUGUGACGCUUCUAAACGGGCUGUACUCCUACAGGGUCCUCCGGGCACUGGUAAAACUAGGGUGGUAGUGGCUAUACUGCAGGAGCUCCUCAGGAGGCAGACUCGACGGAAGUUCCCGAUCCUAGUGAGCGCCCCCUCGAACGCCGCUGUCGAUGAAAUUGCUGCUAGGCUGUUGAACGCCACUGGCGGGCAGAACUACAAAUUUAUUAGAAUCGGCAACAGCAGCAGGGUGACCCAUGAGGCAGUGAAGGGUAUAUGUUUGGACGCUAUGGUGUCCGAGGCCUUCAAGCAACAGGAGACACUUCGAAAUGAUGACUAUGUGAAGUCUCGGGAUGAGCGGUAUGCUGCUAUCAAGGCGCUGGAUGUUCAAAUACAGGAGGCGGCUGAUCAGAAGGCUGUUGUGGAUAGCCUGCGAGCGAAGAGGAGGGGACUGGUAGAGGCCCUUCAUAAGGCACGGGAUGUGUAUAAGAAUACUAUGCGGCAGGGACGUGAUGCAAUUCAGUCUAGAUACCUGAGGGGAGCUGAUGUCCUUUUUGGUACACUGAAUAGCUACGGUAGUUCUUCAGUGACGAGGAACCUCCCAGUGGGUAGGGCGGAGGUGUGUCUGAUCGAUGAGGCCGCACAAGCUCAUGAGGUGGCGAGUCUAAUACCACUCCGGUUCGAUCCCCAGCGACUGAUUCUCGUGGGUGACCCUCAGCAGCUGCCUGCCACUGUCCUCUCUAUGAGGGCCUCGUUGGAGUACAACUUGGAGAGAAGUCUUUUCCAGAAGCUACAGGAGGCGUCUUGGCCGCAUCACGUUAUGCUGACCACGCAGUAUCGUAUGCAUCCAGCGAUAGCAGCGUUCCCGUCCAAGCACUUCUACCAUGGAGCCUUGGUACCCUCUAAUAGUGUCCUCUCCAGGCCGCCCUUCGCCCCUCACAUGCCGGGCCCUAUGACCUUCUUUGACCUGCCCGACUCAGAGGAGGUCCGUCGAGGAGUUGGGCGGAGUAACCCUGCCGAGGCACUCUUCAUUGGCCGACUACUGCAGGAGCUCAUAUCAGCUCUUGGGGACAAGGCUAAGACUCUGUUGCCUGACGGUCUGGGAGUCAUAUCCCCGUAUAAGCAGCAAGUGGCUCUACUGAAAAGGAAUCUCAGCUACGGGUCGUUGAGUGAUGAGUGGCUUGAGGUUGGUACGGUAGACUCUUUCCAAGGCCGGGAGAAGGACGUCAUAGUGGUGUCUACGGUGCGUAGUAGUGCUAGCAGUGGCAUCGGAUUUGUUGCGGACAUGCGGCGUUUGAACGUUAGUAUUACGCGAGCUAAGAGGGCACUAUGGAUCGUUGGUGACUCUCAACGGCUGAGUAGUGGUUCCACUGAGUGGAGGGACUUGGUGCAGCACUGCCAGAAUACCAAUGUUAUUCGUGACGCAUCAAGGCUUUCUCCUAUACACCUACGUACCCUUCUGAGGGAGCCUAUCCCUGGGGCUUCUCCAAGCUCUACCGUCAUCCAUGCAGCCCCACCUAAGAGGCCGCGGCUGAAGCAGUACGUCCUCAUCGGCACGCGGUCCGAUGCCUCAGAAAAGCGGCCGAGCAGUCUCAGCCUCGGCAUCGCUGAUGAGAGUCCUUGCCAGUUGGUGGAGCUCAGCUUUGACGGUUUGACGGCGACCUACAUAGGCCGGGCAUCACAUGCGGAUGUUGCUGCCGUCCAGGCUGACUGUCCAGUGCCCUUGGGGACCUCAGCCUACUAUUUCGAGAUGACCAUCUUGGACACGGGUACGGUAGGGGCCAUCACCAUCGGGCUCACCACCAGCGGCUUCCUGCUCAACCGUCAGCCUGGAUGGGAGAUACAUUCCUUCGGCUAUCGAGGGGAUGAUGGUCGACGGUACUCGAACAGCACGAGCGGGGACAGUUUCGGCCCGACUUUCGCUAAAGGGGACACCGUGGGCUGCCUUGUUGACUACGCUCUCGGUGUUAUUCGAUAUACCAAGUAA